CUUUGUCCAAACCUGCCGCGCGCUAUAUUACUACAGUGCCUCUGUGAUUUUUCCCGCCGUAUUUAUUUAAUUCAUCAAUUAAGAUGCAGACGUGGGUAAUGGUGGCGUGCGUGGCUGCGCUGGCGACGCUGGCGGCUGCGCAGAAGCCGGGCCGCUUCCUCUCCCUGCCAGUUCCACAGAAAUGCGCUAACAGACCAAAGGAAUUCUUCUACAAAGGCCAUCAUUACUUCUUCAGCGGGCACGUGCCAGCGCUAGCCAACAGGAAGGUGGACUGGCUCGACGGCCGCAAUAUUUGCCGGGAGUACUGCAUGGACCUUGUCUCUAUGGAGACACAGGAGGAAAAUAAUCUGAUCUUCAAACUCAUACAACAGAAUGAUGUGCCUUACAUCUGGACAUCUGGACGUCUGUGUGACUUCAAGGGCUGUGAAUCGCGCAAGGACCUCGAACCUAAGAACAUCUUCGGCUGGUUCUGGUCCGCCAAUCGCGAAAAGAUAUCGCCAACCAAUCAAAUCCCCAACGGCUGGGGCUACAACCCGUGGUCGCAAACCGGACACAAGAAGCAGCGUCAACCCGACAACGCCGAGUUCGACAUCAACGGCACCACGGAAUCCUGUCUCAGCAUUCUAAACAACGUGUACAACGACGGCAUCGCGUGGCACGACGUCGCCUGUUAUCACGAGAAACCCAUUGUGUGCGAGGACAACGAGGAACUCCUCAAUUACGUGGCCAGCACCAAUCCCGGCAUACGUCUGUGAUGCGUUAAGUUAUUCAAAAACUUUCCAGUGACGGUUCAUCUUGCGUGCCGUUUCACGUAAACGGUGAAAAGGUCGCACUCGCAAAGAAUAUUUUAAAUAAGUCCGACACGUGUGAACGCCGUUUAAAUUUCACUAAUAAAUUCCCUUCAGCGAACGUUUCUAAAACUUGCCAAUUCCAUCGGAUCUCCCUGCACUGCCGUAUUCCGACGUACAAGAUUGUACAGAAUAGUAAUUAAGUAUUAUGUAAGUUAAUUAGGUUUAUUUGCCUAAGCGAUUUUAA